CGACGGCAAAUGGGUCCCGGCUCGCGUAGUGGUGAACCCCACCCACAGUAAAGUGUGACGUGAUACAGGAGAGGACAAACAAGUUAAGGGAUCCGGGUCCCACCUGAUGGUGCGUCCUGUUAGUGUGCUUCAAGAGAGUAUAAAUACGAGCGUAGUUUAGGAAGCGAAGUUUCAAGGAAGUGAUAGGCUAAUAGCCGCAGCCUACCUGGCUAGUGAUUGGAGGCCGGAGCCUUAAACUGUGGUCACAGCUUUCGCCACUCAAAAGCCAGGUAGGUCAUCUGAGUACGAAACGAACAGGUCGACGAAAACUGCUGCGAGGAACAGUAUCGGAAUCCUCAUCCGCACACGGCACGCCCCCUCCGCCUCCCCCAACGAUCAAACAGAUACGGGUUCACCGCAUUCCCCCAAAUUAUUAAGGCUCUAGGGUACACUUAAAUCUUGAUCUGGUGGACCCUCAGGGAUCCGACGGUCGUAACAGCUCGGAGCCGAGUCACGGUUAUUUCGCCGCGGGAUGGCUGAUAAAAGAAGGUGGGGUUGGGUGGGCUUCUAGGGUUGGUGUGUGUGCAAGUGUGCGUGCGAUCUGUUAUUUUGGGGAGAAGAGAGGGAAAGGCAAAAGAUGUGAGCUUUUUCGAAGACGGUAAGGUGCAGUCGAUAUGGAAUCCCAGAAGCGCGACGAAGAGGAUGGACGGAGGAAGACAGCCGAAGGCGGUGGCGGUGGCGGCGUCGGUGGGGUGUUAGGAGGAGGGGUGGCGGUCCCGCCGUCGGGGGUCUUACCGGUCCACCGCUUCAUCGUCCCCAAGCCGGAGCCUCUCGAGAUGUUGGGGAUGGGGGCGUUCCAGAUAAUCCGGAGGCCAGCUAGCCGGACCAAGGACCGGCACACGAAGGUGGAGGGCCGCGGACGGAGGAUCCGGAUGCCGGCGGCGUGCGCCGCCCGCAUCUUCCAGCUAACGCGCGAGCUAGGGCACAAGUCCGACGGGGAGACCAUACAGUGGCUCCUCGAGCACGCGGAGCCGGCUAUCAUCGCCGCAACUGGCACCGGGACCAUCCCUGCUAUCGCCACCAGUGUCGGCGGAACCCUAAAAAUUCCCACGGAGGCCCCGACCUCCGCUCCAGUGACCUCCACAUCCACCCCGGCGGCCGCGGAUGACACGCCAGUGGACGACGACGGCGCGGGCAAAAAGCGGAGGAAGAAACUCCAGCCGUUGCGGACGGGUGGCGGCACAGUCGUCGCCGGGUACUACCCCGUCCAGGAUCCGAUGCUCCCGGUCGGCGGUGCCAUCACGAUGUCGUCGGGCUUGGCGCCGAUGGGGUCAGGUGCGCAGGGGUUGGUGCCGAUGUGGACGCUCGGGGGCAGCGCAGCAGGGGCCAGCGUAAUACCGCCGGGGCCACUGUGGGUGCUGCCACCGCCAUCAUCAGCGGCAGGCCCGUCGAGCCAGUCGCAGGUAUGGACGUUCCCCCAGGCGCCGCAGAUCAUCCACCUCGCCGCGGUCCGGCCGGCCUCCACCGACACGGUGUUCUCCAGCGGGGUAUCCGGCGUCAACGUGGCGACCGCAGCGGGCGCUCAACCGAAAGCCCCGGCAGCGGGAGGGAAGCAUGAGCUGCAACUGAUGUCGGAUCCUGGCACGUUUCAGCGCGGCCAAGCGCGAGAGGUGGACGACGACGACGAUGACGAAGACGACGAAGAUGACAGCAGCGCCGAAGACUAGAAUUGAAUUUAGGAUCAGCCGAGGGAUUUCUCCCUCUCCUACUCUUCCUUUUUCUUUCUUCUUUCCUUCUAUUUAUCGUUGCUGUUGCUCUC